UCCAGUGAAACAACAUCGAAUAGCAUCUUUACGACCUCCUGCACGACUACCUUCACCGCCGUCACAUUCAAAGUCCAAGUCAGGUACAAAUAGAAUAGCUUCUGUGCCCCCGAGAUGGCCAUUUCCAAUUGGAAAGAUGGAUCCUAGUUCUGAACCCAUCAUGCAUGUCUACAGUAAAGACGAGUAUUUGCUAAUCAGCCACAAGGGUGUGCUUUCUGUGUGUGGAAACAAAAGUGACUUAACAUCUCUUGAGCGCUGGGAAGAAGAAUACAACUCAUACUGCAAGCUGAUCCAAAUCCCCUUCUUUGCCAAUUUCAAAUUGUUAAAGCCGUUCUAUAUUUGGCGCCACAAAGUCACUAAGAAGAAGAUACAUUUAGCUCAAGAACAUCUGAGAAACAAUUUAUUCUUUACUGAUCCGUCUCUUGGUCCAGCUCUACUAGACAUCAAGAAACUAUGCAUAGAGAUUGAUACCACAGGCCUGUUUCGCCUGGAUAAAAAACGGACCUACACUCUGAAAGAGUUUCAGGAUUUUCAUUUUGAACAGCUACAAGAGGUGCACAAUGAUCUGGAUAAUUUUCAUGGGUUGGUAAAGGAGCUGGCCAUAAGUGCUUGUCGAAACGCUUUCCUACAGCUGAAGCCUUGUGAGGAAGAAAAUUAUGAGAGAAGACGAGAUUCUCUCACAAAACGGUUACAAGGGAGCAAGUUGAAAAAAACACCAGAUUCUUCUCAAAUGCAAAACUGGGACAUACAGGCCAAUGGUGCAACGGGGCCUGCAGCAAAUGAGGAUAAGAAUAACACAGCUGUUGAAGCUGUCCAAGGCCAACCUAUUUUCAUCACAGAACUCAAACUUUCUGAGGAUAUGUUGCAUUAUGCCCCAUCAGAGGAAAAAUUUCAGAGGGCUAUUGAGGAGCUGACUGAGCAGUUUAAAGAGACUGUAUUAUCUGUGCAUGCCCUUAUGUCCGAUCAAGACUUGGAUGAAUUCAUAAACCUGACAGAAGAAAAUAAGGAUGAAAAGGGACAACCAUGUCUUGAAGCCCUUCUAUACAGUGAUAGUCACCUUCAACAGGCUAUGUCAGAAAUCAAGACAGCAAUUCACUUUGCUUUUGAUACCGCAAGUGUAUAUGCUCACACAUUUGAGCAUUUUCGGACAUUCUACAAGGAAAACAAAAAUUUAGAUGUUCAAGCAUUACAACAAAAAGAACAUGGUUUUCUGUUUUUUGAAAAGGCAUUAGCUCUAUAUCACAAUCAGCACAAUGAAGCCUUAACUAUUCCACAGAAGAGGAGCCUUGGCUUACUUCUUGUUGAACAAACAGAACUCAAACAGAAACUUGUGCAGUCCCCUCUUAAUUGUUUAGAGGUCAUCAAUGGGCUCCUGACGCGACUUGCUAAGCACAAGGUCGACGCUGUUCUUAAAGAGACUAAUGACGCCGAAAUUAACCUGCGAGUUAGUCCAUCAACCACGGCUGAAUUAGCCAAUUACCUUAUUUUCUUGGAACAAAUACAAGAGAGAAUCCAUAGAUUAACAGAAGAGGAAGAAGCAAUCAGUCAGCUGUUUAAUCUAAUUGGCAAUUACUCAGUUCCAACACCACCUGAAGAUGCCUCAUUGUUUGCCUCAUUAAAACCUGCUAUUAGCUUAUUGGAAGUUAACAUUCUUGAUGCAUCUUUGGCCGUAAAGGACAUAACAAAAAAAUUCAAUUCUUCACUAAAGAAAGAUAUGAACGAUCUGAAACAAAAAAUUAUGGAACUUGAUCAUAAAUCACAGGACAAACAAAUACUGGAUAUCAAUGCAGACCCUGCGAAAGUACGACUGCUUUUGGGUGAAAUCCAGAUUUCUGUCGAUGAGCUUUGUGCCCAGGCAGCCACUUAUAUGUCCUAUCAGAAAAGAUUUAAUGUGGAGGUGAAGUUUGAGUCUUUGAAAAUGUUGACCACAAAAGUUCAACUGAAGCAGCUGCUGUGGGAUUCUUUGGAGGAAUGGGACACUUUACAGGAAAAAUGGCGAAAGAGUUUGCUUUCGAAGCUGGACCUGGAGAUGUUAGCAGCACAAGUUACUAAAUACUCUAAAUAUGCAAACCAAAUGGAGAAGGGGCUGCCAUGUAACAAUUUAGUGCCAAGUUUUAAGAAGAAAGUGGAACUGAUGAAGUGUAGGCUUCCUGUGAUAACUGAUCUCCGUAACCCAUGUAUAAAACCUGAACAUUGGGAAACUCUGGGGUAUAUGGUGGGACAAAAUCUGGAGGUGGAGAAGCUUACUAUUGCAGAAUUAGAGGAGCUUGAUCUAUUCAGCUAUGGGCCAGAGAUCCAAGAGAUUUCAGGACAAGCUUCAGGAGAGGCCUCUGUUGAGACACUAAUUAAAAAGGUGGAGGAUAUUUGGAAAACUACAGAAUUCACUGUUCUGUCUCAUGGCGACUCCAAAGAAGUUUUUAUCUUGGGUGGAACUGAUGAAAUACAGAUGGCCCUGGAUGACAGCAUUAUCAAUGUUGGGACAGUUGCAUCAUCUCGUUAUGUGACUCGUAUCAAGUCCAGGGUGGAUGAGUUGCUGAGACAGUUGCAUCUUUUCAAUCAAACAUUGGAUGAGUGGCUCACAUGCCAAAGAAAUUGGCUGUAUCUGGAGAGUAUAUUUUUUGACCCAGACAUAAAGAGGCAGCUUCCUGCAGAAUCGAAGAUGUUUCUCAAAGUGGACAAGUCUUGGAAGAUGAUUAUGUCAAGGGUAAAAAUAAUGCGUAAUGCUCUGAGAGAGCAGCGACUCAGCCUCGUGAAUCUACUAGAGACGUUUAAGAGCAACAAUGCCCUUUUGGAUGAGAUACAUAAAUGUCUUGAGGCUUAUCUUGACUCUAAGAGAGUAAUUUUCCCAAGGUUUUAUUUCUUAUCUAAUGAUGAGCUGCUUAAGAUUCUGGCCCAGACAAGAAAUCCUCAAGCAGUGCAGCCCCAUCUUAGGAAAUGUUUUGAUUCCAUUACACGGCUAGAGUUUGCCCUGUUGCCUGAAAAGUCUCGAGAUGCCACAGAGGGUGACGUUGAUCCUCAGCAAGACACAAUUUAUAGCAAAGACAUCCUGAAAAUGGUCUCUCCAGAGGGUGAAAAGGUGUCAUUAACUAAGGGUCUUAAGGCUCAGGGGAAUGUAGAAGAUUGGCUGUGUAAGGUGGAGGAGGCCAUGUUUGUAUCACUGCAGCAUCUCAGCAAAGCCGCCAUAGCAGAUUACCAGGUCAAGUCCAGAGAGGAAUGGGUCGUGGCUGGACAUCCGUCACAGGUGGUGCUGACGAUCUCCCAGAUGAUGUGGUGCAGAGAUAUGGAUGCCUGCCUUGAAGGGGACCAUGACCACUGUGUUGCAUUACAGCAGUUUGAACAAACCAACGUUAAUGUUUCACAAAGAUCACAUAUUAGGACGUGUGCCAGAGAUCAGAUUUAUAUUCUGUCUUUUGAAUAG